AUGGGUCAAAUUCCUGAGGAACAAAACUCUGAUACCUCGUCACAGUCGUCUCAGCGAGAAGACGGUUACACACAGCAUGUCAUCACUCUUCCGAUGCAAGCAAGUAAGCGACCGUAUUAUGGAGAGAUGAUAAAGGAUUACAAAACCGAAAUCCAGGCUUUCAGCGCUUCGUUCACUGGCGAACCUGGCGAACAGCCCAGCGAGCUUCUUGUGAAAAAGAUCCAUGAUCUUUUUGACAGGUUGUUCGACAUUUGCGAUUAUCCGCCGAAUGUCGUAGGAACGGUGCUUGAGUCACAACCUAGCGCUGACAUCGCCAAAUUCUGCUGCGAUGCCAAUCCCAAAUUCAAUUUCUUGUUUGAGCUCAUGACGGGUCUGGAUGAAAAGGAAAAGGAAGUUCUUAUCGUGAUUCGCAAUCAAGAACUUAUGCGACUUAUAUUCGCCCUCACUGAAGUCGCGGAGAUCGAAUGCUCGGCUGAGGGUAUCAAUCGACGCACUGACUUUCCGUCAGCUAUAAGGAUCACUCUUGCUCUAUGGGAUGAGGAUUUCAAUCCUUUCAAUUUCGAUGUUGUCAUCGGCUAUGACUAUCAUUACAUUCGUUCACGCAUUGCUAUGCAAUUGGCAUCUGGCACAGGCCGAAAGUCACCAGUCGUACUUUUAUUGGUGACAACGUAUUCCGUUGAGCACGUCAGCCUGCACCCCUUGAACAAUGCGUCUAAACUCGAGGAAACGAAUGCAAUGCUCGCAUGCACUGUCAGCGCAGGGCGCUAUCUCGAAGAUCCUGAACGUGGCUACAGCGAGCCACAUGAAAUUGCUGAAAUAUUUGCGCGUUACCUGAAUGGCAUUACUGAUACGUUGAACUGGGAGCCUCAGGGAAUACCGGACGACGUUCUUGAUAUCUUCGAAGGCCCUAUGUCCCAAAACCAACUUCUUUUUGCAGUGGACGACUUGCAUGGGAAUGGCCACAAGCGAAAGUUUAGCGACGGUGGCGAGGCUGCUGAUGCCAAACGAACGCGGACACUUCCCCUCCGAGAUCCACCAGUUGGUUCCAACAACCCUCCCAUGCCUCUUGCAACACGGCAGUGGCUUGACAGUGCACUGCUUCGAGGAGAGGCCAACAGUAGAGAGGCGACUACUUCGGCGGACGAGUACAAGCGCAGGGUUCUAUUAGCGGCAGAAGUCGAUGUCGAACAGAAGAACCAUAUUAACCGUCUUGACAAGGAGCUCAAGGACUAUCGGAAGACAGCAACUAAGAUUGGGUUGUCAAAUCGUGCCGCUAUCCAAGACCGAACAGUCUUUGAAAAGGAAAAGUCCAAAGCUGAAGCGGCUCUACAAGCUGCCACAGCAGCUGCGCAUAAAGAGAGCGAGAAAUACAAGCAGAAAAUAGCCGAGCUCGAAUCUACGAUCGGCCAUCUGAGGGAGGCACCCGGAGCUGCUGAAAGGCAAGACGCACUCAGUGCGGCGCAAAAACAGUUGCAGAUCACGGAAGACAAGCUGAAGGCCGCCUUGACAGAUGUGGAGUUCAUGAGAAGCCGCUAUCAGGAUGUUGGCUCUGCAGCAGCACAGUUGUCCAACGAGGUCAAUGCAUUGAAGACACAGAACGUCGCUCUAGAGCAGAAGGCUUCAGCGAACCUGUUGGCUAUCCAUGCACAGCAGGCUUCUGGGGAGAGGCAAGCUAUGCAGCAGGCGAUUGAGAACCUACAAGCGCAACUCCAGCAAAGGGACGCAGAACUGACUGCAGCGCACCAGAAACUUAAUAGUUUUGCGAAUGGGCGGAACACACGAGGAGGCAGCAUGCCUCGCAGCCCCCGCGUUCCGAGUGGAGUGAGUCCACGGCCCAACCGGGCGUAUACUGGUUCUGCUAGUAGAGGAACAAGUCCUUCCGGGCCUGGUACACAAUUUAUGAGCCAACAGGCUCAAAAUACCAGGUGGAACCCUAUUCAAUGA